ACAGCUGCUGAUUAAGCGGGUUCUCAUGGUCCGCAUGACGUCGUAUUAAUAGCCUAUCUAAAGGGAAUAUUCUUGCGAAUGGUCUCUACAUUGCUUUUAAUUUAUAAUAAUCAUCAAUUCAAAGUAAACAAUGACCAUGCAUCUCUCCGCACAUACCUGGAUGCGGCCCGAGCCCCUAGAAAAGACGCUCAAACGGCUCAGCAGUCUAGCCUACACAAGCAUCGAACUCGAAGGCGAACCAUCCCUCUACCCCAUCGAAGAGACACGCAAUCUCCUAGCAAAAUACAAAAUUAAAUGCUGGGGCACCGUCACCAUAAUGCAGGGCAACCGCGACCUAACCGCCGCAGAUCCGCAACAACGACGUGACACUGUCCAAUACAUCAAAGACGUGAUAGCCCUCUCAUCAGCUCUAGGAGGUGAAAUCGUAACCAUCGUACCAGCUUUAGUCGGAAAAAUAGUUCCCAGCGCAAGUCCUGAACAAGAAUGGACCUGGGUUGUGGAAGGAUUACGCGAAAUAGCCUCUUUCGCAAGCACAAAUCACCCUCAUAUCCGUCUCGGACUUGAACCACUCAAUCGCUUCGAGACCUACUUUUUAAAUCGGGUUGAUCAAACACUCGCCCUAAUCGAAGCCAUUGGAUACGACGGUGUUUACGGCAUCGCAUUUGAUCCAUUCCAUCUCGCUCUCGAAGAGAAGGAUUUACUUUCUGCGAUCCGGAAAUGCGCUUCUCGAAUCACGGAUUUUCAUGUUGCGGAUCAUAAUCGACUUGCCGCUGGAGAUGGGAAUUUUGACUGGGAUGCAAUUAUUGUUGCGCUGAAAGAGAGUCGGUAUGAUGGUGCGUUGGCGGUUGAGUGUAUGCCACCGAUUGAUCGGUCGCCUGUUGGGGGUUAUGGGUUGAAGCAGAUGGAGGAGCUGGAUACUACCGCUGUGAAAGAAGGAAAGGAUGCGGAGGUGGCGCCGGAACGGGUGCAGUUUAUUAUUGAUCAUGGAUCUGCGUUGCUUUCGGAUGAGGUUGGGGUCAGCAAGUAG